CCGAAAGCAAAGCGGACGUGAAGCGUCCACCAAGCUGGAAUAGCAGCGGCCGCAGCAACAGCUGGAACCUCCCAGAGACAUCUCCUCUUGAAAAAAAAUAUCUUAGAAGGAAGCUUCAAAGGAACCAUUCAACAGUGAAGAGGCUCCUGUUAAGACUGUUGUGUUCCCCACCCACUUUCCCCUCCUGCCCUUGAGGCCCAGAAGACCCACCCCCUCCAAGUCUAAAUGAAAUAUACUUUCAAGACUGCUGCAGGAGGCCCUUCUAGCCCACUGGGGAACUGAAAGAAGAAGGACCAGAGAAUGGCCCAUCUGUUUAUAAAAAUGAGUGCAUGCAUGAUGGCGGGUAUCUCUAGACCUUCACUGAUGGAUGAUCUCUGUGAAGCAAAUGGCGCUUUUGCCAUCAACUUAUUAAAACUGCUGGGUGAAAAGGACAACUUGCGAAACGUGUUCUUCUCUCCCCUGAGCCUCUCCUCUGCCCUGACCAUGGUCUUAAUGGGGGCCAAAGGAAACACUGCGGCGCAGAUGUCCCAGGCACUUUGUUUGAACAAAGGUGGAGAUAUUCACCAAGGAUUCCAGUCACUUCUCAUGGAAUUGAACAAAUCUGGCCCUCAGUGCUUGCUCAGAACUGCCAACAGACUCUUUGGGGAAAAGGCGUGUGAUUUCCUGCCAGCUUUUAAGGAAUCCUGCCAGAAGUUCUAUCAGGCAGACCUGGAGGAACUGUCCUUUUCUAAAGACACUGAAGAAUGCAGGAAACACAUAAAUGACUGGGUGACGGAGAAGACUGAAGGAAAGAUUUCAGAGAUACUGGGGGCUGGGGCAGUCGGCCCUCUGACUAAGCUGGUCCUCGUGAAUGCAAUCUAUUUCAAAGGAAAGUGGAAUGAGCAAUUUGACAGAAAGCACACAAGGGGAAUGACCUUUAAAACCAGCACGGAGAAGAAGACAGUGCAGAUGAUGUUUAAGGCAGCUCCAUUUAAAAUGGGGUAUGUGGAGGAGGCGCACGCCCAGGUCCUGGAGCUGCCCUACGUGGAGGGGGAGCUGAGCAUGCUCAUCUUACUGCCUGAUGACGACACAGACCUCGCUGUGGUGGAAAAGUCACUUACAUAUGAGAAGUUCAGAGCCUGGACAAAUCCAGAAAAGCUGACUAAGGGUAAAGUUCAAGUUUUUCUUCCCAGAUUAAAGCUGGAGGAGAGUUAUGACUUGGAGGCUUUUCUUCGAAGUUUAGGAAUGACUGAUGCUUUUGAGGAAGCCAAGGCCGACUUUUCUGGAAUGUUAGCCAAGAAGAACGUGCCCAUGUCCAAGGUCGUGCACAAGUGCUUUGUAGAGGUCAAUGAGGAGGGCACGGAGGCAGCUGCGGCCACUGCCGUGGUCACGAACUCCCAGUGCAGCAGAAUUGAACCAAGAUUUUGUGCAGACCACCCUUUCCUUUUCUUCAUCAGGUACCGUGAAACCAACAGCAUUUUGUUCUGCGGCAAGUUCUCUUCUCCAUAAAGAGCUGCAGUCGUCGUACAUCUAUCUGCCCACCCUGCCUUACUUCAGAUUCCCUGCGACCAAAGUGAUGCGGUGGUUUGAAUGCCAAAAUAAAGUGUAAUUAUGAUAACAGGACCCCCUCACAGAGUUGUUGAGAGGAUUUAAUAGGUUGAUAAAGAGGUUAGAGCAAUACCUGCUGUUGUAGUAGUACACAAUAUCAUUAUUAGACAAGAGUCAGUUGCAUUUUUAUGCAUCCAAAAAGCAAUAGUUAGAAAAUGUAAUUAAUUUUGCACUAAAAAUAUAAUGUUCUUAGGAAUGAUAAUUAACAAAAGAUAAGCAAGAUUGUUACAUUGAAAAUUAUAAAGUGCUAUUGACAGUCUUUAAUGAUGACCAAAAUAAAUGGACAUGUUUCCUAUCACGAAUAGACCUUGAGUUAAAAAUUGUCAGUUCUCCCCCACUUGUCCUAUUGAUGUAAUUCUAAUCCGAAUUCCAGCAAUGCUUCUACUUGACAAGUUUAUUUAAAAAUUUAUAUGAAUAAGCAAAGGGCCAAAACUUAUAACACAUUUCUAAAGAAAAAGAUCAAGUUGCAAAGCUCUGCUCUACUAGAUAUUGAAGCUUAUCAUAAAGCCCUGGUAAUACAGUGUGGUGUUUACACAGGGAUAGACAAACAGAUUAAUAGUACAGAAGAGCCCAGAAGCAUACUUAUUCAUAUAUGAAAUGUGAAAUAGAAAAGAACUGGUAUUAGAGGUCAAUAGGAAAAUGACAGCCCAAUACAGUGUGCUGGGAAAAAUUCCUUAUUUAAAAGAAGAAAACAGGGCUUCCCUGGUGGCGCAGUGGUUGAGAGUCCGCCUGCCGAUGCAGGGGACGCAGGUUCGUGCCCCGGUCCGGGAGGAUCCCACAUGCCGCGGAGCGGCUGGGUCCGUGAGCCACAACUACUGCUCCUGCGCGUCCGGAGCCUGUGCUCCGCUUGAAAACUGUGCUAUCUGUAUAUCUGAAAGGCAGAUUAAGCUCCACAGCUGCAAAUCUUUUGCAGAUUCUAAAAGAUUGAAUUGUUUGGAUGUCUCACCUAUUGACUGAUCCUCAGGACCUCUCAUACUAAGCAGCGUUAGAAAAACAAUCAUUUAUUUUAUCUUUUGGGUUUUCUCUCUUUUCCCUUAUCCCUAAUACUGAGCUCUGUGGGCUCCAAUUUCUAGGAUGCACCAUGCCUUCGCCAGCCCUCCCUCCUUUUUGCCCAGUAUUUUUUUCGGGAUUUACAGUCUUGGUCCCUGUGGUCCAUGUCAUACGUCAGACCGACCAGACUGCAGACGGCAUAGGUCUGCACACGGACCUCUGACUCUGCAGCUGUGGGGUGGUAGGGAGGCGGGACCCAGCAAGUCUAUGGCUUAGUGAGCAUAACACAGAAUGGACCUAAGACAGAAGGACAAAUACUAGCCCCCAGCACCUGCUGAACUUGAACUUCAGCCCUGAUUAGGGCUGCCUCAAUAACUGGGCAAAGUUGGAUUUGAAGGGAGAAGUGAUUGGUCUCACGGAUGUAGAGAAGGCAGUUGCUAGCAAUUCAGAAGUCACUAACUAGUUCUAAGACCUCAAACAAGGGACUUCACUUCUUUUGUGUUCCGAGUCUCCUCUUUUGUAACAUGAAGGGGUUCACCCAGCUGAUCCCUAAGUGGCCUCCAGACCUAAUGUUGUCUAACGAAUGUGUAGCACAAGGCUAUUUGGGGCCAUACGCCUGACUUUCUGCAUUGAGAUUUUUCAUUAAUUUGUAAGCUUUUGUUAUUUCAGAGAUGACUUUCGUUGUUAGAAAUCCGAGUUGGCUCUAGUGGGCUUGUUAUAUCGACACUUUUUUCAUUUCAGUUAAAGACUUUGAUGAUAGUUUCCAGUGAGAGCCCGGCAAAAUAAAAUCAUGUUUUCUGUUC